UGACCCCGCUGCUCUUCUCACCAUGCUGAACGAUGCUGCCUCUGUCAUCUACAUUGUGCUGGAGCUGCUGAUAGCCAUACUGUCCGUGCUGGGCAAUGUGCUGGUCUGCUGGGCCGUCUGUCUUAACAGCAACCUGCAGAGCAUCACCAACUUCUUUUUGGUGUCCCUGGCAGUGGCAGACAUUGCUGUGGGAGUGCUGGGUAUUCCCUUCGCCAUCGUCAUCAGCACGGGCUUCUGCUCCAACUUCUAUGGCUGCCUCUUCAUCGCUUGCUUUGUGCUGGUGCUCACCCAGAGCUCCAUCUUCAGCCUGCUGGCCAUUGCCAUAGACCGCUACAUCGCUAUCAAGAUACCCCUCAGGUCAGUUCAAAAUUGUAUGAACAUAACAGAGAGUGUGCUAACCAUUUUAAACAUAUUGCUGCUGUCGUGCUGCUUUCCUCUCCCAUAUACAGAGAAAGAGGUUAGACCAAGGGUGGGAAAACUACUUUAUUGGGGAAAUUAUUAUUUUAGGUUUUUUUUAAAGUCUACACUUGAAUGUCUAAAACUAGCUAGAAAAUAUGUAGAAAUGAGAAUGCACCUAUAUAUUUUAAAAUGACUGCCCUUUUUCUGGCCCGCAAAUUGAUUUGGACUAACAAAUUGGUCCCCAAAAAAUUGGAGCGGCCCUCGGUUGAAUUUUGAAAUCCUUAUGUGGCCCUCGAGCCAAAAAGUUUCCCACCCCUGGGUUAGACGUUAGGCUUUUCAAAGAUUUAAAUCUACCCUUUGAGGUUGUAUAGGGUUUUUGAUUGAUUUGCAUACCCAGGUUGCAGGUACAUUGUAUGCUUCAUGCCAGUAGCACAUUGCUACAUUUAAAAAAGUAAAUCUUAAAAUCUGUGUGAGAUAUUUUCAGAAUAGAGCAGCAGAGGACCGUGCUAUUUUUAAAUGAACUUUAGAUUUAUUUACCAAAUGGCUAGUUGAGCUUUUGAUUUCCUCAGUGGAACCAGAUAUAGUCUCCCAGGAGGCCAUCUCACCCAGGACCAGUUAACUGUAAUCUCCUCUUACUAAUAGUUUAUACAGACCAUGACCCCUAUUCACAACUAUAAGCAUGUAAAAAUAAAACAGCUGUUCAGACCACUCAUUUAUUUUCCUAGAUAAACAAAUAUAAAUUACAUUAUGCCCUAAAAUGUAUUAAUAAUCAGUAAUUACUUAUACACUUUCUGGAAAGUAUGUAUAGACUGAUGCUCACACACUCUCUCAACCUCACUCAUACUAGCAUAUUUGAUAGUGUGCAUUACCUAAAAACAACAUGCCCAUCACUCCCUUUUUUUAUUGCGUCCAAGAUUGUUGUUCUGUUGUGUCCCUGGGAUGUGUUAAGGGCGUUUGUGCAUGUCUGUGUUGCUGCACGGGGUGAGGGGGGGGGGUUGCUGUUUUCUCACAGCUAACCUUUGAACUUCAACGUCUCGAGAAUGUGACAGAAACGGCCCAAAAGAUCAGCUGCUCUCCCACACUGACCGACAGACACUCGAAAUAGACUUCCCUUCCAAAUACUGACAUUUUGUUUUUAAGUCUCUCUUUAUAACUUAGACGAGAGUUUUUCCCAUAAAAAGACAGUGUGUCUAACCACGUUUCCAUCCAACCAUUUCAUGCAGAUGAAUUAGCUGACACAUGAAACAAGUCACAACCGGGCUGAUUAAAUGCUGGUACAAUUUUAUAUAUCCCGACAGACAAUUUGUUCAUUCGACAUGGUGGGAUCUUUUUGUGUCUGUAAAAUUAAUUAUACAAGAAAGCGGUGAAAACGCCUUUAUGCGCAAAUAUUGAUAUGAUAACCAUCAUAUCGAAGUAAACUUAGAGUCACGCGAUGAUACACUAUAUAUACAAAGGUAUGUGGACACCCCUUCAAAUUAGUGGAUUUGGCUAUUUCAGCCACACCCGUUGCUGACAGGUGUAUAAAAUCGAGCAAACAGCCAUGCAAUCUCCAUAGACAAACAUUAGCAGUAGAAUGGCCUUACUGAAGAGCUCAGUGACUGUCAACAUGGCACCGUCAUAGGAUGCCACCUUUCCAACAAGUCAGUUCGUCAAAUUUCUGCCUUGCUAGAGCUGUCCCGGUCAAUUGUAAGUGCUGUUAUUGUGAAGUGGAAACGUCUAGGAGCAACAACAGCUCACAGACCGGGACCGCAGAGUGCUGAAGCGCAUAUCGCGUAUCGAGUAAAAAUCGUCUGUCCUCGGUUGCAACACUCACUACCCAGUUCCAAACUGCCUCUGGAAGCAACGUCAGCACAAUAACUGUUCAUCGGGAGCUUCAUGAAAUGGGUUUCCAUGGCCGAGCAGCCGCACACAAGCCAAAGAUCACCAUGCGCAAUGCCAAUCGUUGCCUGGAGUGGUGUAAAGCUCUCCGCCGUUGGACUCUGGACCAAUGAAAACACGUUCUCUCGAGUGAUGAAUCAUGCUUUACCAUCUGGCAGUCCGACGGACGAAUCUGGGUUUGGCGGAUGCCAGGAAAACGCUACCUGCCCAAAUGCAUAGUGCCAACUGUAAAGUUUGGUGGAGGAGAAAUAAUGGUCUGGGGCUGAUUUCAUGGUUCGGGCUAGGCCCCUUAGUUCCAGUGAAGGGAAAUCUUAACGCUACUGCAUACAAUUACAUUCUAGACGAUUCUGUACUUCCAACUUUGUGGGAACAGUUUUGGGAAGGCCCUUUCCUGUUUCAGUAUGACAAUGCCCCCGUGCACAAAACGAGGUCCUUACAGAAAUGGUUUGUCGAGAUCGGUGUGGAAGAACUUGACUGGCCUGCAUAGAGCCCUGACCUCAACCCCAUCAAACACCUUUGGGAUGAAUUGGAACGUCGACUGCGAGCCAGGCCUAAUCGCCCAACAUCAGUGCCAACCUCACUAAUGCUCUUGUGGCUGAAUGGAAGCAAGUCCCCGCAGCAAUCUUCCAACAUCUAGUGAAAAGCCUUCCCAGAAGAGUGGAGGCUGUUAUAGCAGCAAAGGGACACCAACUCCAUAUUAAUGCCAAUGAUUUUGGAAUUAGACGAGCAGGUGUCCACAUAGUUUUGGUCAUGUAGUGUAUGUUGCGUGGUCCUCCCACUACGACUCAGGAAACCAUGCAGUUUAUUAGGCUACAGAUGAAAUAAAUGAUGAUGAACUUCGCAGGGUGGUGAAUGUUAAAGGUGAUGAGCUUGAUGCUCCUCUCCAAUAAAUAUCAAGGGUCUUAUUCUGGUGACAUGAUGAUCGAUGCUUGGCUGCCAUUUGACAAAUACAAAUAAUAUUGCUCUUAUCCAUAAUAAUCUCAUAAUGUAGGUAGCCUACCUGCUGUAUCUGUGAGCUGUUGGCUAGAGUACAUAUGCCAAUACCAGAGUGAGCACAUUUGCUAUAUAACGCAACAGUUUUUGUGACAAAACCAUCAGUAGAUUUAAAAAUGCGAUGGAAACCCAUUUAACUUCUAAUUUUCAUUCGGUACAUGGGAAUUUAAGGGCAAAAGUUAUUUUCAUGUGCACCACGUCAUCACGCACAACCUUUUAUCUGCAAAAAGUAUGUUUAAUGGAAACAUCUCUGGUGGGAAAAUGCGCUUAUUGUUUAAUGCAGAGUUUAGAAUAUUCACAUGAAAAUUGGUCGCAAAUUGGAUGGAAACCUAGAUAAUGAUAUGCCUGCUAUUAUAAUGUGUAUUAUCUAACUCACUAUCCCUUAACCUCUGGGGGAAUCUAACCCUCCAGAGAGACAACUUAUCCUCCUCCAGCCAAGAGAGCCCAUCAUUUGUCUUACUGACAGAGUCCAUAUCUUUAUUAUUCCCACAGGUACAAUAGCCUGGUGACAGGCCAGCGUGCCAAGGGGAUCAUUGCCGUCUGCUGGGUGCUGUCCAUCAUCAUCGGCCUGACCCCAAUGCUGGGCUGGAAUAAGUUCACUGAGCGCCCCAACAGCACCUGCCCCCCAGGCCUGAUGGAGUGCCUGUUUGAGGAGGUGGUGGUCAUGGACUACAUGGUCUAUUUUAACUUCUUUGCCUGUGUGCUGAUGCCUCUGCUGCUCAUGCUGGUCAUCUACCUGCGGAUCUUCAUGGCAGCUCGGCAUCAGCUGAAGCUCAUAGAACUGAAGGCUGUCCACGGGGGGAAGUCCCACUCCACCCUGCAGAAGGAGAUCCAUGCGGCCAAGUCGCUGGCCAUCAUCGUGGGCCUGUUUGCCAUCUGCUGGCUACCGCUGCACAUCAUCAACUGCUUCACACUGUUCUGCCCUCAGUGUACCCGCCCGCCCCUCUGGAUCAUAUACGUUGCCAUCAUCCUCUCUCACGGCAACUCGGUGGUCAACCCCUUCAUCUACGCAUACCGCAUCCAGGAGUUCCGCCACACCUUCCAGAGGGUCAUCCGCCGCCAUGUCCUGGGCCGCCGGGAGCUGUUUGACAGCGAUGGCAGCACCCGCACCUCCACCCACAACAGCAUCAGCGACUCAGUAAGGGUUAACGCCAACGGCCUCCGCUUCAACCUCUACACCGAGCACAGCAGCAGUAGCUGUGAGAGCUCCCACCCGUCAUAGCCAUAUCAAACCUGCAGGGGGCAUUCUGAAGCCAGCGCCCAUUCACAACCACCCUCUUACCGUGAUUAGCUCCCACAAUCAAAGGGAAAGCCCCCCUGUGCCACAGCCUCUCAGACAGACACAUACACACCCUUUAUGUCAUCCCCUGCAGUAUGGGGACCAGCAGCAGCAGUCUCCUAAAGGACCGGAGGUGGAAGAGAUAAAGGACAGGCAGGAUCUCUCCCUUGUCCAGGUCAAAUCACUGUUCUAUAAACAUAAAACCUGCUUCACUGAGCUCAUCAGACAGCUACAAAGGAUCUUUAUCACCUGGCCUUUGGUGUGAAAUUACUGUGGAUGCGCAAAUUUUUUGGAGUCAGCUUAGAGUAAAUUACUGGGCAGGCAGGAUCACAAGCUGAGGAUCAGAGUUUGGUUGUAUCCCAUGCUAUCCAGAUGGCCUAAUUCCACAUACUUGGAGGCAUUCUAUCGCCAGGGAUUGUAACCGUGGUCCUGAAUGAGUACGAGCCGAGGACCUACACAAAGGCAGGCAUACAAAGCCUACUGUACAUUCACCAUGCGGAAGAGAACAACUUAUUUUGGGGGCAUGAACAAUUGUAUUUAAAUUUGUUUUAGUUAUUUAUGGAAGAAACGUUAAUGUGACUCGAAUGGUUAAAUGUGAUUCUGUUUACGAUGUUUAUUCUCUUGGUCUGUGACGUGUGAGUGGUGCUUAAAUCUGAAUCCUCACAAUUUACUUUUGCUCUUUGAUAACCGGUGAGGUUUUAAUGUCACGGCCGUCUACGGAAGGAGUGGACCAAAGCGCAGCGUUUGUAGCGAACAUGACUUUAUUAAAGUUAAAGUGCACGAACGAGAAAACAAUAAACAAUGACGGAUAGUGAAGUCCUCAGUACACAGACUGAAACAUGGAACAAAAACCCACAACCCUAAGGUGAACCCUGACAGUUUAAAUAUGGCUCCCAAUCAGAGAUAACGAGCCGACAGCUGACACUCGUUACCUCCGAUUGGGAGUCACAUGACGAGACAAGACACUACAACCAAAACCAAACACAACCAAAUGAACACACCCUAUACCCAACACAACCAAAUGAAUACACCCUGGCUCAAACUACACAGUCCCGGAGCCAGAGCGUGACAGUACCCCCCCCUAAAGGCGCGGACUGCGACCGCGCCUCAAUACGGGCUAAACAAGGGAGGGCUGGGCGGGCAUACCUCCUCGGCGGUGGCUCUGGCUCCGGCCUUGAUCCCCACCCCCAAAGUACCCCUGGUCCUGUCUAGCCCCGCUGGUCGGAGCCGGACUGACGACACGCGCCCCUGGCUUGGUGCGUGGAGGACGAACGGGCCUUACCAGGCUGACGACGCGCACCACUGCCUUGGCGCGGGGAGCAGGAAUGGGCCGGACCGGGCUGACGAAGCGCACCCUUGACUUGGUGCGGAGAGCGGGACCGGGCCGGACAGGGCUGACGAAACGCACCACAGACUUGGUGCGGGGAGCAGGAACGGGCCGGACAGGGCUGACGACACGCACCACAGACCUGGUGCGGGGAGCAGGAACGGGCCGGACAGGGCCGACGAAACGCACCCUUUGCCUGGUGCGUGGAGCCGGAACAGGCCUCACCAGGCUGAAGACUCGCAUCCCUGGCUUGGUGCGAGUAGCAGGAAUGGGCUGGAUCAGGCUGACGGCUCGCACCCUUGGCUUGGUGCGAGUAGCAGGGACGAGCUGAACCAGGCUGACGACUCGCACCCUUGGCUUGGUGCGAGUAGCAGGAACGGGCUGGACUAGGCCGACGACUCGUACCCCUGGCUUGGUGCGAGUAGCAGGAACGGGCUGGACCAGGCUGACGACUCGCACCCUUGGCUUGGUGCGAGUGGCAGGAACAGGCCGGACCGGGCUGGCGACGCGCACCGUAGGUUUGGUGCGAGUGGCAGGAACAGGCCGGGUCGGGCUGGCGACGCGCACCGUAGACUUGGUGCGGGUGGCAGGAACAGGCCGGACCGGGCUGGCGACGCGCACCGUAGGUUUGGUGCGAGUGGCAGGAACAGGCCGGGUCGGGCUGGCGACGCACACCGUACACUUGGUGCGGGUGGCAGGAACAGGCCGGACCGGGCUGGCGACGCGCACCGUAGGUUUGGUGCGAGUGGCAGGAACAGGCCGGGUCGGGCUGGCGACGCGCACCGUAGACUUGGUGCGGGUGGCAGGAACAGGCCGGGCUGGGCUGGCGACGCACACCGUAGGUUUAGUGCGUGGAGCAGGAACAGGCCGGGCUGGGCUGGCGACGCACACCGUAGGUUUAGUGCGUGGAGCAGGAACAGGCCGGGCUGGGCUGGCGACGCACACCGUAGGUCUGGUACGUGGAGCAGGAACAGGCCGGACAGGGCUGUCGACGCACACCGUAGGCUUUGUGCGUGGAGCAGGAACAGGCCGGGCUGGGCUGGCGACGCACACCGUGGACUUGGUGCGUGGAGUAGGAACAGGCCGGUCCAUACUGGGAACACACACCACUGGCCUUAACCGGGGAUCAGGAACGGGCCGGACCGGACUGGUAACACACCUCAGUCUCUCACGCCGUGCCUCCACUACUUCCCUCCCUCUACUCGCCAAUGGCUCCCGUAAUCCGGUAGCCUUCUCUCCACGUCUCCCGGUGGCAGCCUCCUGCUGCCCAGCCGCCCAAGCCAUGUGCCCCCCCCAAAAAACUUUUUGGGGUUGCCUCUCGUCCUUCCGACGAUGGCCCUGCUGACGCCGUUGCUCCUCUCUCGCCAGGGCCUUGAUCCUCCCCCAAGGUCCCUUGCCCCCGAGCAUGUCCUCCCAGGACCACGAUUUGCCCACCUGGGCCAUCGCCAGCCUCUCGAUCUCCUUACCCGGCGCUUCCUCCCAUGUCCAGUCUCUUUGCUCCUGGACACGCUGCUUGGUCCUUUUGUGGUGGGUUUUUCUGUCACGGCCGUCUACGGAAGGAGUGGACCAAAGCGCAGCGUUUGUAGCGAACAUGACUUUAUUAAAGUUAAAGUGCACGAACGAGAAAACAAUAAACAAUGACGGAUAGUGAAGUCCUCAGUACACAGACUGAAACAUGGAACAAAAACCCACAACCCUAAGGUGAACCCUGACAGUUUAAAUAUGGCUCCCAAUCAGAGAUAACGAGCCGACAGCUGACACUCGUUACCUCCGAUUGGGAGUCACAUGACGAGACAAGACACUACAACCAAAACCAAACACAACCAAAUGAACACACCCUAUACCCAACACAACCAAAUGAAUACACCCUGGCUCAAACUACACAGUCCCGGAGCCAGAGCGUGACAUUUAAUAAAUUACCUUUAUGAUUAUUCAUGUGUAUUUGGGGAUGGCAAGGAUGUUCCAAGUUUGUGAUAAGGGGACAGUACUACUGCAUUGAUUUAGCAUGUUUGUGCACCAUACAGAUGGACGUUCAGGUUUAUGAUCUUGCAAAUGUAUGAAUGCUCAAAAAAUGAUCAGCGUGUUUUUAAAUUAUAAUGGUUUUAAACUAUUUUGAGGAAUAUCUAUACUACUCUGCACUUUCUCUACUUUGCAGUUCUUCCAACUUGUCUAACUGUCAGUAGCACACACCAAAACUGUUGUGCUGAUCAUUGAGAUUACACAGACAAUUAAAUGGUAAAAAUAAUUAAUCAAUGACAUAGAGCUUACAUUAUUCACUGAAUAUACUCUCAAGUAUUACAUAGCUAUGGCAUUCUCUGCAUUCUCACAUUUUCGAACGCUAUACAGGACACAAUACCUCCUGUUUGAAAAUAAAUAUUUGUAUGUUAUUGUCAUCUCUAAGUGUAUCUGUUUGCUUUUCCAUGUUGCACUGUUUACGCAUUACAAUUACUGUACAGCUUUCCCAACCAUCAAUCAAUAAGUGCAGAGAAGCUCCAGAGGCAGGCUGGCUGGUGACUCUGGGGAAGGGGCAGACCAGACCAGACGGGCCCUCUAUGGGAUUUAUGUCCCCUAUCACAAGCUGUGAGAUCCUCUGAUUUCUCCAGCUUUCCCAGCUUUUAUCCAAAUUCCCUGAUGAUUCCAGGUUACAGGGUUACAGGGCAUUCUCCUUUUGAUAUUCUCUCAGGGCCUUCCUGAAAUGACAUUUUUGUGUUUUUUAAAGAUGCUUCCAGCCUAGUUCACUGGUGUUUUCUGCACAACAAAAUAUUGUCUCUCUCCCCCUUUCUGACAUUACUAAAUCAGACUUCAACAACUCACCCUUUUAGCUGUGACCAUUCUGGCCAAUAUAUCUCUCUCUCACCACUUACCUGUUUUGCGGUGUCAUCCUCACCCAAAUGUAUUUUUAGUCCAGUGUUACUGUACUAACCUCUACUGCUGAUAUACGAAAAAGUAUGAACAUGUAUGCACUCACUACUGUAAGUCGCUCUGGAUAAGAGUGUCGGCUAAAUGACUAAAAUGUUAUGUAAAAUGAUAUACCUGUGACUGUCCUAAGUGUCCUGGGGGGUUAUGUUACAGACAGAUAGUUUCCUUUCUGUCAUGACUCAGUGAUGACCAGUGGUCCUGAUACUGUACAUGGUUUGCUGUACAUUUGGCCAUGAGAAAUGGUGCUCACUGAACAAGGCUAAUCUAAUUCUCUCACUAAGUGGCUCUAUAGUGUCUCAUUCAUAUAGGUCAUACACAGUCUUGUUUUCAAUCCCAGUUAGUGGUCGGCUGACAAUAAACCCCCUAAGUCAUCCCCCACAGUAUAGCUGUCAGACCACAGUGUUCAACAAGUAGCAGUAAAAGCUCUGUCUGUGUAUUGACUCCAUGGAUACAAACAAGAACAGUCCCUUCACAUAAAAGGCUUCCUGUCUUCUCUUCUUUUGAAAGGAAAGGAGAGAAGAGUGGGUGUCAGAGGGGUUAUCAACCAUGGGGGAAUGUGCUUAGAUAAGUGCUGUCCCUGCAACAAUUCAAAACUGUUUACAUGUCUGGUUAAAAUUCCAAACGGAUAACUUACCCUGUCAACUGUUGGUUUGCUCAGAGCAACUGCAGAAGCCAUUCACAAUGGCCUCUCCCUCAGUGCCAAAGCUUUGUCACUAAGUAUGAUUGUAGUCAACAACAUUGAUUUAACACCCCCUAUUGUGGCACUGUGUGCUUAGCCCAAACUCAUUACUUAUUUUGGCUCUAUGGAAGAGGCCAGUGCUUCAGCUGCUUGUAGCGACAUUACAGGAGGGGGCUAUAGAGGUCUGGUGAAGCAUUUUGUAUAGAGAGAAGGUGAAAUGUUUGUCACAGUGCAGUUUGGAGGUAAGUAAAAGAUGGUGCUAUAUCAUCAUCAUGAUUUGAUUGGGCAUAAUUCCAUAAUCUCUGUGGAGGCCAACAGCUGACCUGUAAUUAAAUGUAUGACAUACAGUAAUGGAAAGCUUUGUUGAUAUAAACGGAUCAUAUGAGAGUAAAAACUUUAAGAAAAUCAUUGUGGGGAUUUAGAUGUGACAAUCAGGUUACUUUAAUGAAGUAUGAUGUUAUAGACAGAGGAUAUGUACAAAAAGACUUAUCUUUUAUUACUUUGAAAGAGGCCCAAACAGAAUUGUUUAACCUGAACUGCAGGAUGAUAAACUUCAUCCACAGUUUGAAGGAGAGGUGUCAUCUGGAUCCUCAAGGUACUGUCCUGUACUUCUCCCAUAGAGCAGAAUAAUUUACAGUUGAACUUCUGAUAUGUUUAAUCAAAUAUCACAUUCCUAAUUCAACCUGAUAGUGUGGUUACAGUAUGAAAGCGUGAUACAAACAGUCCUGGAUAUACAUUAAACAGUACAUUGUAGUGUGAGGUUGUAUGUACAGUUGAAGUCGGAAGUUUACAUACACUUAGGUUGGAGUCAUUAAAACUUGUUUUUCAACCACUUCACACAUUUCUUGUUAACAAACUAUAGUUUUGGCAAGUCGGUUAGGACAUCUACUUUGUGCAUGACACAAGUAAUGUUUCCAACUAUUGUUUACAGACAGAUUAUUUCACUUAUAAUUCACUGUAUCACAAUUCCGGUGGGUCAGAAGUUUACAUACACUAAGUUGACUGUGCCUUUAAACAGCUUGGAAAAUUCCAGAAAAUGAUGUCAUGGCUUUAGAAGCUUCUGAUAGGCUAAUUGACAUCAUUUGAGUCAAUUGGAGGUGUACCUGUGGAUGUAUUUCAAGGCCUACCUUCAAACUCAGUGCCUCUUUGCUUGACAUCAUGGGAAAAUCAAAAGAAAUCAGCCAAGACCUCAGAAAAUAAAUUGUAGACCUCCACAAGUCUGGUUCAUCCUUGGGAGCAAUUUCCAAACACCUGAAGGUACCACGUUCAUCUGUACAAACAAUAGUACGCAAGUAUAAACACCAUGGGACCACGCAGCCGUCAUACCGCUCAGGAAGGAGACGUGUUCUGUCUCCUAGAGAUGAACGUACUUUGGUGCGAAAAGUGCAAAUCAAUCCCAGAACAACAGCAAAGGAUCUUGUGAAGAUGCUGGAGGAAACAGGUACAAAAGUAUCUAUAUCCACAGUAAAACGAGUCCUAUAUCGACAUAACCUGAAAGGCCGCUCAGCAAGAAAGAAGCCACUGCUCCAAAACCACCAUAAAAAAGACAGACUACGGUUUACAACUGCACAUGGGGACAAAGAUCGUACUUUUUGGAGAAAUGUCCUCUGGUCUGAUGAAACAAAAAUAGAACUGUUUGGCCAUAAUGACCAUCGUUAUGUUUGGAGGAAAAAGGGGAAGGCUUGCAAGUCGAAGAACACCAUCCCAAACGUGAAGCACGGGGGUGGCAGCAUCAUGCUGUGGGGGUGCUUUGCUGCAGGAGGGACUGGUGCACUUCACAAAAUAGAUGGCAUCAUGAGGAAGGAAAAUUAUGUGGAUAUAUUGAAGCAACAUCUCAAGACAUCAGUCAGGAAGUUAAAGCUUGGUUGCAAAUGGGUCUUCCAAAUGGACAAUGACCCCAAGCAUACUUCCAAAGUUGUGGCAAAAUGGCUUAAGGACAACAAAGUCAAGGUAUUGGAGUGGCCAUCACAAAGCCCUGACCUCAAUCCUAUAGAAAAUGUGUGGGCAGAACUGAAAAAGCAUGUGCGAGCAAGGAGGCCUGUGGAAGGCUACCUGAAACGUUUGACCCAAGUUACACAAUUUAAUGGCAAUGCUACCAAAUACUAAUUGAGUGUAUGUAAACUUCUGACCCACUAGGAAUAUAAUGAAAUAAAUAAAAGCUUAAAUAAAUAAUUCUCUCUACUAUUAUUCUGACAUUUCACAUUCUUAAAAUAAAGUGGUGAUCCUAACUGACGUAAAACAGGGAAUUUUUACUAGGAUUAAAUGUCAGGAAUUGUGAAAAACUGAGUUUAAAUGUAUUUGGCUAAGGUGUAUGUAAACUUCCGACUUUAACUGUAUAUGGUAACUCUGUCAAUGACUGGAAAUGAUAGAAACAGUCUGCCAGAUUGUUUCCUGACUGGGUAAAUGUCAUAAUUGAAUAUGUAAUAGACAGAGAGAGCCCAGUGUAAAGGUCACAUUGAAGAUGUACUCUGCAGACUGUGUGGACCUGAUGGACAGGACAGGGGAGCUAGUGAACCUGAGUGACAAGGAGGAGAGCAUGGAGCAGGCCAGCAGUCUGAUGAAGAAGAGGCACAGCUACAUUCUCAUACGCAUCUGCAGUGAGUCUCUCCAAAUAUGAUGAAGGCACUAAGCUACACAUGUCCAUAUUAAAAAUCCCAUGGGAUCAAAGAGUGGUUUCUCACAUUGCUUGCCCUACUAAUAUGUUAUAGAUAGGUUCGUUAGCAUGGCUGCAAUAAAUGUUGUUAUUACUAAAGAUAUUUUACAGUAAUGAAACUGAUUCACUUUAAUUUACUUCAUAUUUUGCCCCCAGGAGUUGACGGGACUGAAGGGCAGAAGUAUGUGCCACUCCUAAAUGACCUGGGCAAGAGCCAUCCUGAGUUAGCAGGUAAUGACAAAAACACAUUCAUCCACAGCACAGGCAAAUGUGCACUACUGAAACCACUGCAUGAGUCUGUUCAGUUGGAGCUGAGCAUGGUCUGAAGUGGUUCUUUGUGGCCUCCUAAUGGUACAGACUGGAGUUAUACCUGUAAUAUGACUCUCUUGCCUAGUUACUGUACAUGUGCAGUGCACUUGCCUUGAGCAAAACCACAUCAAGCCUGAUUUAAGACUGCAUGAAAAGGUGUGGCUAAUAUGUACGUUUGUAUGUACUGUCUGCACCCUUGUUACUUUUGUACCAUUUGUCUACCUCAGAGGUCUUGAAGAAGCUGUCCAACCCCUGUAAGGAGCGGGACAGAAAGAGUGGUCCGUCAAGGAAAGGCUCUGUUAACAAGACCUGGAGCAAGGCCACCGCUGGAAACAAGAAGAGCCAUUCUGGAAAACUUUGACUAUGAUGAGAGGAGAUGAGGAAAGGUGAACAUGAUGGUGAUGGACAUGCAUGAAUAAAAAGAUGUGGACCACAUACUAAUACAGUAAUUGUGUUGGUGCUGUGGUUCACUUCACUCUGAUUAUUUUCAACUAAGGUACAUUUAGGUUGAUAAAUUAACAUUCCAACAUAUCCCAACUGGUAAAUGUAAGAAUGUUACAUGUCUGAUGUGCAUACUAGAGGCUGGUAUAGGCCCAGAAACGUUUUGUACUCAUCUAGGAAUAUUUUUGAGAAUUAGGUUAUAUGGA